GUUCAGUUCAGACUAUGAAUUUAAGAUAGAGAUACUGUAAUAAUACAGAAGUCAAUAUGAAUUUCUUUGGAUUACUUUCUUUCUUGCUCCUGACAGGGGAAUGCCUUGUAAGAUGUUCACAUGAGGAGCAUCUUGAAAAAUGCUUGAUGUUAUGGCCAGAAAUUUCUAAGGAGCAACCAUCCCCAGAACCAGGACUAGAGUGUCCAGUAUUUCAAGAGAAAUCCUGCUGCUACAAGGGAGCAACAGAGCCUAUGUUGUCAGAUCAGCAAGUCCAGGGCAUUACAUACUACAACCAUUGUCCCCAGAAGACAGAACUCUCAGCUCAAUGUCACCAAGAAUUCUUCGAUGAGCUUUGCUUCUUCAUGUGUUCACCUGAUACUGGACCUUGGAUCACUUUUGCAACACAUGAGGAGCCAGUGAGGGAUAGAUUCAUAGAUGUACCAAUAUGUCCUGAAGUGUGUGAGAAGUGGUGGCAGGCAUGUAAACAAGAAUACACAUGUACAGACAACUGGUAUCUUGGCUUCAACAUGUCAACAGGUAGAAACCACUGCCACAACAUUGAUGACUGCAAACCUUAUACAGAAAUCUUUAAAACUGCUAAAAACUUUUGCGAAAGCAUCUGGGAUUUCUCAUUUAAAGUAGUUGAUGAAGGAGAACCGUGUAUGAACUUUGUAUAUGAUCUUACAAAGGAUGAUAAUAAUAGGAGAGUAGCUGAGAUGAAGGCGAAAGAGUUGAGUGAACUUGACAAAAUCAAGAAUGUUGAAUUAUAGGCUUUUCCAGAUAUUAUUCUAUUAACCUUUUGAAUCGGUAGCUUUGAAUCCAAGGAUCAGAAAUUGGGUUGAAACCAGGGAAUUUUCUCAUUUUUGCAAGCUUUUGACAUUUUAUUACGACAAGUGAUGCUCAAUUUAGUGAAAUUAGCAAGCAGUGAUCAUUUCUUCACAUUUUAAAACAUAAU